GAGGCUGGCUUGACCGCAGUCGUCGAACGCUCUUAUCCUGAAGUUUCCCUACGGAAACGGUAUUGCGUCAAUUCGACGUAACCCAGCACUACUUGACAAAAUCAGUCAGCGAACGUUCUUCUCGGAGUCUGAGCUUCGUCUGUCGCUCGUGUCGGGAUUUUCCAUUAGCCGUCAUAUGUGCUAGAUUUGUAGGUCCUUCCCAAGAAAGCAGUUUAGCGUGAACCCAACCUGCGCCUUUCUCCUCAUUCCGCCGUUCUCUCGGACGCUCGUCGGUGUAUGCCUCGGUGACCGUCCAUUGCAGGCUGGGCGGUGACGGCGUUACAAUGAUCGAGCGAGCAGAAAGUGGCGUUCCCAGCAUUGCUCAGCGGAACCUGGAGGGCUAUGUGGGAUUCGCUAAUCUUCCCAACCAGGUGUAUCGGAAGUCCGUUAAAAGAGGCUUUGAGUUUACAUUAAUGGUUGUUGGUGAGUCCGGUCUUGGGAAAUCAACGCUUAUUAACUCCCUCUUUCUGACUGAUCUUUACUCCAAGGACUACCCUGGGCCAUCACAGCGCAUUAAGAAGACUGUACAGGUGGAGCAGUCUAAGGUGCUGAUUAAAGAAGGGGGCGUCCAGCUGACUCUCACAAUUGUUGAUACACCAGGAUUUGGGGAUGCAGUAGACAACAGUAACUGUUGGCAGCCAGUUAUCAACUACAUUGACAGUAAGUGUGAGGACUUCCUGAAUGCAGAAUCGAGGGUGAACCGCAGAUCCAUGCCAGACAACAGGGUCCACUGCUGUCUAUACUUCAUUGCACCUUCUGGACACGGACUAAAGCCACUUGAUAUCGAGUUCAUGAAGAGGCUCCAUGACAAAGUCAAUGUCAUUCCACUUAUUGCAAAAGCUGAUACUCUGACUCCAGAGGAAUGCCAUCUUUUUAAGAAACAGAUUAUGAAAGAGAUCCAGGAGCACAAAAUCAAAAUUUAUGAAUUCCCAGAUACAGAUGACGAUGAGGACAACAAGCUGAUCCGGAAGAUCAAGGAGAAGAUGCCGCUGGCUGUGGUUGGCAGCAACGUAGUCAUCGAAGUAAAUGGAAAGAAGGUCAGAGGUCGCCAGUACCCGUGGGGUGUAGCAGAAGUGGAGAAUGGGGAACACUGCGACUUUACUGUGUUGCGCAACAUGUUAAUCAGGACCCACAUGCAGGAUCUGAAAGAUGUCACCAACAACGUCCACUAUGAGAAUUACCGCAGUAAGAAACUUGCUGCCGUCACCUGUAAUGGAGUGGAUAACACCAAGACCAAAGGACAACUUACUAAGAGUCCCCUGGCACAGAUGGAAGAGGAGCGGCGGGAACAUGUGAUGAAAAUGAAGAAGAUGGAGGCAGAAAUGGAACAAGUCUUUGAAAUGAAGGUUAAGGAGAAGAAGCAGAAACUGAAGGAUUCGGAGGCUGAGCUGGAACGACGUCACGAACAAAUGAAAAGGAACCUGGAGGCGCAGUACAAAGAGCUGGAGGAGAAGAGACGAGUGUUUGAAGAUGAGAAAGCCAACUGGGAGGCUCAGCAGAGAAUCCUUGAGCAGCAGAAAUUGGAUGCCUCCAAGACUAUGGAGAAGAACAAGAAGAAAGGAAAAAUCUUUUGAAGAACCAGUUUAUUUCCACCUAGGUUCAAGCUGUGGCCCCAACAUCCUUUUUUCGCUAACUCGCCCACACACACAUAGUUACUGAUUUUACAUGGCAUUCCGCAUCAUGGGUACCAUCUCAAGAAAGUCACACACAGUGUUUUACUGUUAAAUAUGAUGAACCCCUGUGAUCUUGUUGGUGAAUUCAUGCGUUUGUAAAACUUUAUUUCUUAAUUCUCCUUAUUUGCCCUGACAAAGAGGAGAAGCCUGAGUUCCUCUGAGCUAGUCUAGUGUUAACACGUGUUGGGGACCAAGCAUUUAUACACAUGUACUUAGUGUUAGUCCUGUGUUCUCGAGAUAUCUACACUCUUUUUAACUGAAUACACCCUAUAGCACGAAAUACCAUUGUAUUAAUAUUGAAAGAAUGCUUCAUGUAUGUACAGUGCUUAAAUAUCUUAAUAGACCACCUUUCAUAAAAAACAGACCAUUCAGCGUCAUGAAGCGCUGUAAAAAUGUACUCUUUCAAUUUCAGUGAGCUCUCGACGGUUUAGCAAUGUAAACAGAAAUGAGGGAUUUCAAACUGAAUUCACCUUUUCAAAAUUGAUGUCAGCUCACUGGUGUUUUAAAAAUGACAAACUAAAAAAAUCAUUUUGGUGAUUUCCAAAACUGUCAAUUUUGUACAACUGUCAUCAACUGUACAUUUGGGUGGUGGUCUAGUAUUUUUUUUUUAAGCACUACAAGGGAACGUAAAGUGACUCAGGGGACUGCUACAGAUGUCUGGCGGAAAUAAGACCCAGUCACAUCAGAGACUAGGCAUUGGACUGAAGCCCAUGACUUUUCAAAAUGGACGGCUAACGUAGUGUAGUCUAAUAGAAGAGAUAGAACUCAUCUGAAGAGCCAACACCCUCAGGGUCUCAACAGGCUAUCGAUUUGAGACCAUGCUGGUGCAUUGUGCUAAUAAAGAUCAACAAAUAUUUAUUGCUUCUCAAUGAUCAACACUAUUAAAACUGCAGGCUGUACAUGAGGCGAAGACAUGUUUACCAAAGAAGUAUUUAAAUUCAGUUCAGAUUAGUCAACACCCACUCUUGACAUUCUAUGGUUUUAUACAUGAUUAGGUCCAAAGUCAUUGUGUUUCAGUAAAUUGUGUAUUUUAAGAUCUAAACAGCUAAAAAAAGAGCCAGAAUGAUCUGUAACUGCAGUCAGAGUUUGCAGGGUUUCCUAGUUGAACUGAAAAUAUUAUGCAAGAGCCUCAUUGGUGUCUAUAGCGUUUUACAGAAUACCGUAAUUACAAAAAAAUGUUUUAUAUUGUGAUGUAGCUGGUGUGUAUUGUCAGGCUUGAACCAGAUUUCGGGGGACAUUUUUCACUUACUAAAGAACUGAACAGGACAAGUAAAAAAAAUUAAAUAAUAAUAAUCAAAAUAAAAAAAAAGAUUAAAUAUUCCUUAGUUUUCCUCCACCCUGUGCUCCAAAGUCAAAAAAAAAAUGGUUGUGAGAAGUCUAAAAUAGCCUUAUCUCUGAUAUUACUGUAAUGUAGGAUAAAAAUGCGUCCACAUAACCAACAAAGGCUCGCCUGUCAAAUAGAAUAUUGCAAGUCCAGGCCAGAGUGGAACACUUCGAACCUCUACUAUUUCUUACCCAGAGUUGUCAUGUUUUAUUUUCUUAUGACAGCAAUAUGAUGCGCAUGGGAAAAGGACAGCUCCUGUGUAGUUUUCUUAAGUAACCCUUAUAUACAUCCAUUAUCUUACUAUAUUUUUCCAUACUGCCUGGAGUGUUCUCAAAGCAUUCAAAUAAGAUGCUAAAGGGAUAAAACCUCGACCUUCGCACGUAAACAUUUCCUAUUGCUUCUGGCUGUGAUAGAUAACAUGUAUUGUGUACAUAUUGGAGGCUGUUCAGUUGCCUUUUCCUUUCCGAUAUUUUAGUUUUUUUUGUAUUUGCUUUCCAGAAUUCUUAAUGCCAGAAAUAACCACAGAACAUAUUAUUUGAAAGUCAGAGAAUAACUAACUGUGACAUGGUUAACACAUUUGAAUUUCUGAAUGCCAGGACCCCUCUGUUAUGAUAGGUUUUUCUGAGAGAAUCAAUUACUGUCACAAGUUAUCCAAUAAUUUUCACAAAAGUGGUAGUAUUUUCCAUCAAUGCUUAAAAUGUUACAAUUUUGCUAGACCUUCCGGUAACUGUUUUUUCUUUUCUUCUUUUUUUAAUUAUUUACUUUUUCUCUUUUCUCCCAUCCUGAUUUAUCAGGUCUUCUGUCUGUUAUUGUACAUUGAGAAUAUUAAAGUUGAUAAAGUUUUAACCA